ACGGCCGAAGCAGCCCAACGUGCAAGUUCUGCAGUCGUCGCUACCAUGCCUGAUCGCGGAGGGAUUCGAGGUCUGCACCGACUGUGCGACUCGGUGAGCGGCGUCAACUGGCGGCCGACGCGGUUCGACGACGAGUUGACGUUGAGCCGUUACUCGUGCUGCGUGUGUCGCGUCAUUCCGAGCACGACGGUCGUGCUGCCCUGUUCGCACGCUCUGUGCGAGCUGUGUGUGACGGGGUGUGUCGUCCAAGAUGGCGGAAGCAUCUGUCCCCUGGACGCCCAGCCUUUCUGCGAAGACGAGUGCCAGAAGUUAAAGCUCCCUGCCAAGACGAAGAACAACCUCAAGGCUCAUUGCUGGAAUGAUGCUCACGGCUGCAAGUUUGUAGGCACCAUCGAGGCCGUACUGCUGCACUUCGACAGAGAAUGCGCCUUCCACGCUGUCCAGUGUCCACGCUGCGAACGAAGAAUACUGCGCACAGACAUCGCAGCACACUGUGUUGCCGGGUGCCCACAGAGCGCUUCUUGUGCAAGCAGUGCUCGGCCGAACAGGCAAGAUAGUCGACCCACAAGUUGUUACGAGAGUGCAAUACUGGAAAAGUUAUCCGCUCUUCAGACACAAAUGAGCGGACUCUCCAGAACCUGGGACUCCGCGCGUUUGAAUGUCAUCAGUGGCGCAGUCAGUGCGUUUGAAAGUAGUUGCCUGCGUGGAUUGAAAGGCAUAGAGUCGAACAUCAUAUCGACGAUGACUCAACAACUGACAGCUGGCCUGGAAGAGGUGAAGAUACUUGUCAGAGACCCCUUAAGCGAUCAGCUGUCAUCAGUUCAGAGCCAAGUGAACGAACUCGUUGAACAGUCAAGGCAACACGACGCCUCCGAAAUGCAGGAAGUGGUCUGA